AUGUGCAUGGAGGCGAGCGACUACAUGUUCCGACACGGCUCGCUGUGGUGGACGGUGUGGAACUCGGAGGUCUCUCUGAUCCGUGACAUCAUCCGCCUUGACGAAGCCGAGGCCAAGAGGAACGCGCCCCUUGUCGGGGGCAAGGGUAAGCGGCUGGACGAGGACGGAGGAGCCGAGGACAAGAACGCGGUCUCGCUAAUGUCGCCGCGCCUACUAGUUGCGUCCGAUGACCCCACGGCUUGCAUGCUGGGCCGUUACCUGGGGUCCGAGAAGAUUCCGGAAGAAGAGUGGCUCGCCUUCGUGCAGCGCAGGAGAGAGGAGGGCCUGCUGCGGUGGAUCGGACAGUUCAAGCAGAUCAACAUCAUCCUGCAGGAGGAUAACAUAUUAGAUGUGCUAGAGGCACUGCAGUCCAUCCUGUCACAUUCGUAUGCUCAUAGCGGCCGGCGACCGAAGGUUCACCUGACGAUAUGCGGCUUCAAGCUCUAUUUUGACCAGGACGAGAACUACUGGGGAGCAUAUCUCCCAGGCGGGAAAAAUGUCGCCGAGUGCAUUCUAGGUCGCAACUGGGAAGCCACAUCGAAGCUGAAGGAGCCAAUCAACAAAGAGAGGCCACUGAGUCUCAAGAAGAUCAACCAAACGAUAGAGCCGGACUUCUGGUCUAUGGGCGACAGCCAUUACUGGCUAGAUGCCUUCAAAUUCUGCAACAUCCCGUUCGCGGCAGACGCGACUUAUGGGGGCGAGGCGGUCGACCUGACUGGGAAACUGAUAUUCUAUGUGUUGAAGGACAGCAAGAUGUGGUACACCGAGGUAUUUUAG